GUGCUUCGAUCUCCAGUGAACUCGGCGAAGAGAUGGCCCGAUGAACGAGCCAAGUGGGAACCAGCUGUCGUCUACGGCUCCUGGUCGAAACCCGAUAUAUAAUUCUCGUGGAAUGAGUGAAUUCGCGCGAUUAUGACUCCGCGGUGUAUGAAACUGCAGUGCGAGGGAUUCGUUCAUGGUGUAGUAUCGUUUCUCGUGUUCCAGAUGACGGAGCCGCAGCACGAUUAAACUCACUUUGGUUCGAGUGAAAACAAGGACCAUUCAGAUAUAUUAAUCAGUAAGAGAAUCAAGCGGAGCCAAACUGAGUUGUCUCCGUUUAUACACAGGCGAGAAGGAAUUUGAAAACGAGUGUCAUCCACCGUUCCAUGCGCGACAAGCAACAACUGUUGCCACAUCGAGAAGAGGAUCGCGAGAAUUUCACGCAGCUAGGUGGUCCUGGCAGCGUGCAACCAGCCGGAAGGCAGCUCGAGGCAUUGGUCCACGCGGGCAAGGAGAUCGCGAGCGUGAAGACGAGGCCGACGACACCCGUCCUGGCGAACGACGGAGGGGGUGGCUUCUGGCUGGCCACGGUGGCAAGUGUUCCGGCCGGGCUGCCCCCGCACGGGACCCAUCAUCCAGCCAUGGACCCGACAUGCGGCUCAGCAGAGACAGGCUUCAUCAACAGCCAACCCUCCAUGGCGGAGUUUAUGACCGCAUUGCCCCAACUGGCCGGCGAUGCUAGCCUUCAGCAUUCUCCAGGCACCGGAGGAUCCAUCAGUCCUGGAUCCCAUCAUCCUGGUUACCACGCCAUGAUGGAUCCUCACGGGGUCGCCGAUCCGUCAGUCAACGUGCCCGAAUACCCGUGGAUGAAGGAGAAGAAGACCACGCGGAAGAGCAACCAGCAAGAAAACGGGCUGCCAAGGAGAUUGCGGACGGCGUACACGAACACGCAGCUGCUCGAGCUAGAAAAAGAAUUCCACUUCAACAAGUACCUGUGCAGACCGCGAAGAAUCGAGAUCGCUGCGUCGCUGGACCUCACGGAAAGGCAGGUGAAAGUCUGGUUUCAAAAUCGAAGGAUGAAACACAAGCGUCAAACGCUGAGCAAAGAGGACGCGGACGAGAAGGACGGCUCGACGUCCGACGGGAUGGAGAAGUCGAAAGGCGAGAAGAUGCUGGCGAUCGACAGCGACGAGAAGAAGAGCUGCCACAACUGUGAUAUAUCUAGCGUGAGCGACGUAGGCAGCACCCUCUCCGGUGACGUGACAGAAUUAACCUCGUCUGGUCGUCGAAGCAACAAUAACAACAACAACAACAACAACAAUACGUCGACAGCGACGAACAACAACAACAACAACAACAACAACAACAGCAAUCCAGCUUUCAACGCGAACAGCAACGGAGCAAGCAGCGUCGGCAGUACGAACAGCGUGUCCAGUUCGUUCGAGAAGAUGAUAGCGGACGAUGACUCGAGAUCUCAGGACGGUAGCGAGGUAACGUCACCGAGCGUUGCUGGCAAGAAAUUGUCGAGCGACGUCCGGGUGAAAGUGGAGAGCGGGCACAAGAGUCCGAAUCCAGGAAAACAGCAAAUCUCCGUCAGCAAGAAGUCCCCGUCGGCGAGUGCCAAGGAACUCUGCUCGGUGAAUAGCAACGGUGUCUUGCUGGCUAUGCCCGAUUCCACCGUGAGCACGCCCGUUCUGCCCGGUCAGAAUUCCACCAGAAGUCUCACGCCGUCGUCGACGCCUGGCACUCCGGUGUCCGUUCAACUGCAACAAGGAAGUCCUUUGGGAAUUCAGGCCACGCACGCAGCCUACAUGCAAAGGCCAAGAAGUUCACCGUCGUCCACAAGCUCCGUGGCUGCUCCCAUGAUGCACGGCUCGACCAACGCAGGCACGAUGUCUCCUCACGGCGGCAGGAACAUGAACAACAAUCAGCAAACGCACUUCCAACAACAGAGCGUCUACCAAUCAACGUCCGCCAUCGACUACAGAAACGGAGUACCCAACAGACAAGCUGUCCCAGCAGCCGCGCAGCAAACGCAGUCUCAAGGCAGCUAUUGCUCCAGGGAUACCUAUCAACAACCUCGAAUCUCUUACCCAGGCGAUGUCCACCCUUUGUACGCCAGGCAGAACCAAGUUUUAGGAUCUCGAGUGGGCCACCACGUUCGCGCAGCAACUGGCGCCGCCUCCAGGACGAUGUACAACGCCAGCAUGCAGUUCCACCAGCAACAAAACCAAUACGCCAACACCGGAGGAGAGUACAACGGCUAUCCUCAGGCAGGCCCACCCUAUCACGCGUCCUAUCAUCGAACCAUGCAAGGCGGCAGCGCCUACAACACCAGCCAAGGUUACUCCGCACAACACGACCAAACAACCGAGAACUACAUGGCACCAACGGGCAACUACGGCUACCCGAGCAGCGGCAACUAUCACGCCACCAGCGAGAAUCUCGCGUCUCACGGCCAUGCCGCUGUUUCCGUUCAGACCGGUCAACACUACUACAACGACAUCCAACAGCAACAGCAGCAUCAACAGCAACACACGGCCGAGGGCUACGUGACCCAUCAACCUCCUAUGCAUCCCAGUUCCGGUGACUAUCGGGCAGGCGCCAAGCAGUGUCACCCGAACGCCUACUACGACCAACAAGCCAGUCAACUGCACGUCCAUCAAGGCGGCGAGGCGUCCAGCAUUCCCAAUAGCUACGUUUCCUCGCCAGACCCGUUCCCGGCGCCGGGGAUGACCACCACGGCGACUGCGAUCGCAGCAGCCACCGCCGCAGUGAUCACGCCGCCGGGAAGCGCCGCCCAGGCAGAAAGCAACACCGACUCCUACAAUUACAGCAACUUCUACGCGGAACCGGUGCACACCGCAGCCCCGCCACCCUCCGCGGACAACAGCAACAGCUCGUCGGACUUUAACUUCCUCACAAACCUGGCCAACGACUUCGCGCCGGAGUACUAUCAGCUCAGCUGAGUUCACGAGACCGAGAACCCGUGUCAGCUGGACUGGAGCGACGAGCAGUGUCUCCUGAACGCGUUGUACUGAUCGGCA